GCGCCGCUCUGGCGGCCGCCACCGAGCCGUGACGUCACUCCCACAAGGCCCCGCGCAAUGGCGCCGCCGGGGCCGGGAGCGGAGCCGCGCUUGGCGGGGCCCGGGGGAACGGGGUAGCUUUGAAACUGGCCCAGAUGGCUAGGCUUUUUCGGAGGGAAAGGAGCAGUGCCCCGGUGAAAGUGGUGGAGACUCUCGGGACACCUGCACAGCUCUGGAGCAAGAGGUAGAGAACACUCAUCUUUUCUGGGAGCAAGAGAUGAAGAAGUUUUGCUAUUAAAGCAGUUUGGUCACAGGGGGCUCCAACAGAAAACUGCACCGGGACAACAUCACAGCGAGACGCCCACAGGCUCGAGUUCUGCUUGACAUGGCCAUGUUCUACUAGACCUGCCAUGACGGCAUUUUUUCCCAGUGUUCCCAACUGGAUUCAAGAUGCAAAGCAGGAGGAGGAAGAGGCAGGCUGGAAAUUAGUCCCCAGACCAAGAGGUGAAGAAACCGAAAGUCAGGGAAAAUGCCAGUGUGAACUAUCGGAGCCCUCCUUCCCUCACGUGGACAAGCUGAGAACUCACACUCUUUCCCACUCGGAGCAGAGACCCUACAACUGCCCCCAGCUGCACUGUGGCAAGGCCUUUGCCUCCAAGUACAAGCUCUAUAGGCAUAUGGCCACGCACUCUGCUCAGAAGCCCCACCAGUGCAUGUACUGCGAGAAGAUGUUCCACCGGAAGGAUCACCUGCGGAACCACCUGCAGACCCACGAUCCCAACAAGGAGGCCCUGCACUGUCCCGAGUGCGGCAAGAACUACAACACCAAGCUGGGCUUCAGGCGGCACCUGGCCAUGCACGCGGCCGCCAGCGGUGACCUCAGCUGCAAGGUGUGCCUCCAGACCUUUGAGAGCACCCAGGUCCUGCUGGAGCACCUCAAAGCUCAUUCCAGGCGGGCUUCUGGCGGGGCCAAGGAGAAGAAGCAUCCGUGCGACCACUGCGAUCGGCGCUUCUACACCCGCAAGGACGUGCGCAGACACCUGGUGGUGCACACGGGGCGCAAAGACUUCCUGUGCCAGUACUGCGCUCAGAGGUUCGGGAGGAAAGACCACCUGACCAGGCACAUGAAGAAAAGCCACUCCCAGGAACUGCUGAAGAUUAAGACGGAGCCGGUGGACAUGUUGGGUCUGCUCAGCUGCAGCUCCUCUGUGGCAGUGAAGGAAGAGCUGAGUCCUGUCCUGUGUAUGGCAUCCAGAGACAUGAUGGGUGGUAAGAGCUUCCCUGGCAUGCUGCCCGUGGGCAUGUACAGCACGCAUCUCCAAACCAUGCCAAGCUCAGGGAUGCCCCAUUCUUUGGUUCCUAAUUCUCUUCCAAUGGGAAUGAGCUAUCCUCUGGAGUCUUCUUCUCCCAUCUCCUCCCCACCGCAACCUCCUCCAAAGUAUCAGCUUGGAUCUACCUCAUAUUUGCCUGAGAAACUACCCAAAGUAGAGGUGGACAGCUUUUUGUCAGACUUCCCUGGCAGUCUGUCUCUCUCAUCUGGUGAUCCUCAGUCCUCUUCGCCUCAGCCACCCGCCCUGGAUGAGGCUUUGCUUUCCAAGAGCCCUGCUAACCUCUCAGAGGCUCUCUGUGCUGCUAACAUGGACUUCUCUCAUCUUCUUGGCUUCCUUCCCCUAAAUCUUCCUCCUUGCAAUCCACCUGUCUCAUCGGGGGGAUUGGUCAUGGGCUACUCGCAGGGGGAGGCGCAGCCACUGCUCACCACUUUGCAACAUCAACCUCAAGAGUCUCCCGGAGCCGGGGCCUCGCUGAACUUUGGGCCCCUUCAUUCGUUGCCCCCCGUCUUCACCUCCAGCUUGAGCACAACCACGCUGCCACGGUUCCACCAGGCAUUCCAAUAAGCUGGAAGUAGCACUGGAGAACAGAUCUUUCAGUCACCCUUUUGUGGAGAGCCUUAAAAACGCACAACUCUUCCUUCCUCGGGGGUGUGAAAGCUCUGGCAGAGCUGGGUCAGACAGGAGGUUUCUGAUCUCGGAGGGAGCACUUGUAGACUGGAACCCGUGCAAGUCCCAGUCCUGUACAGCAGAAAGAUUUCAGCUGAUAGACUGGAUAUAUUUUAUCUAAUUUUUAAUCUGUGAAUCAGGAGCCGCGCUUAGCACUGACCUUCCCUGAGAAUGCUGGAGCUGUAUUCCUCUCUGGGAAGGGACUGUCCCUCAGAAGGAGUUGAGACUCUUUCAUCCUGGGCUAAACUUUUGAAGAGUCCAGCUUCCAUUUCAUGUUACCACACACUGCAACUCUGGCAAAGCAGCCAACACCUCCACACGGAGAAGAAGUCACGAUACCACUCUGUAUGAAGCCAAUGGGGAAGAGGCUGUCCUUCCCUGCUACCUCUCAUCCCAUCACCCCACACAGCUUACUCCACAUCAGUGUUAAGCAACAAGCCCGUUUACAUAGUGAGUUCAACGUCGCCUCUUUGGAGCUGUUAGGAUAAACUCGUUAUGGUGAACAUUGUUUACACAACACAAAUCUCUUUCUGCCAUUGCAAAAAUAGGAGGCACCAGAAUACACUGGGUUCAUCUCUGGUGUAGCUAGAACACUGUUUACAAAACGAAGUCAGGUUGCACUGAUUUCUCUUCACUUAUCAUGUUCUUCCCCCAUGGGGAAAUACACUGCUUUUGGACCACUUCAGCCUCUGCCCCCGUAGGCAGCAGCUUCCUGCCUUUUCUCGCUGGCUGUCCCGAGUGAAGGGGAUGGAGCAGCUCUCACAGCUUAGCUUGGUGUGUGGUGUAUGGAUGGAGCCCUUUUAAAUAUCUCCCCCAGGCAAACAGAUCUGGAAACCAAAGCACGUGAGAGAGCUCGGGACAUCGAGCACUGACCUACCAGGCGUGGGUGAGAACAGGCUGCAGGCCCUGCUCCAUAGCUUCCCUUGGGAUGAGCAACAGAGUAUGAGUUUCUGGGGUUUGGGGUUUUUUUUUAACCACUCAUUGAGGUCAGCACCCUUUUUGGCUUAUCCAGGAAGGAGUCUCAAAGGUAUAUGUUAACCUCAAUGGUGAUAACAUCCAAGAAUCAGGGAAAAAAUGGUCCCAGCUUCAUGUACACACUGUCAGUGUAUUUGAAGCAUUUCUCCCAACACCAAUAGUUCUAACAAAUGCUGAGGUUUGGGGCCUGCAGUCAACUUUUCACUUUGGAUUUGGUUCCACUGGCCUUUUUUGUUCUCUCCUGCUCAAGCCUUGCCUGCUGAAGUUAAAGUCCUGCUUCCCUUGCUCCCUGCCCUACCUCUUCAACUCUUCCACGGGCUGUCUACCUACCAGGGCAGAAGGGUUAUACUGGGAAGUGGCAGCCAGCUGCUGCUGUCACUUAGCACCUGUGUUGUCUCCUGCUCCUGUUUUCCUGGGCACUUAGACUGCAGAUGGGGAUGUAUGGAGGUCACUCUGCACUGGUGCAUGUUUAUGACUAUGGACAGGCAGAUCUUCAUACCUCAGCAUGGAGGAACCAUUGUAGGCCAAUAUGAACCAGGAAAUCUGUCAAUAUUGUUCUCCAUAAAUCUAGGAAAUGCAAAAUCUACCUCUACUCUGUUAUCUCAGCUCCUUGGGUGAAGCCAGAUGCUGUCCUCCCUUGUCUCCCCAGAGCACAUCCACCUCAGUUGAUGCAGAUUCCUUCCUGCUGAGCCAUGAUCCCACUGUGUGACAUCAGCUGUGCCUCUUUUGGUCACAGGCUUGUCCCCCUUCCAUUUUACUCCAGAAUUUUAUUUUUAAUUUAGCUUAGUAAUUCUUCCCAGAAUGACUCUUUAGCAAUCCAUUGAUUCUCCAGAACAUAGAUCGGUUGUUUUAGGUUAGCCAGCAAUGCUGCAAAUAAGACUUUUGUAUCAAAAUGUAAUAUAAGAUUUAUUUACCUCAGCAAUAUCCUGUGGCAAUGAUCUCCCCGAGUUGAAUGCAGUACUUUUUCCUUUUCUCCACUGGAAAAUGUUGCCUUUCCAAGUCCAACGAGUGCCUUCUUGUUCUCUAACCUAGCAAAGGUAAACAGGGCAUUGCAGCCAGUCUGUUUACCAGCAUUGAAUACCUCAGGCCUGUCUUCUAUUGCUUUGCUCUUUGCAAAUUAAAGAGUUUCACACUGUUAUCAAUUAUAUGCAAGCCUUAUCCCUGUCUUCAGUCGAGAGGAUUAUUAUUUUUGAGAAAUAAAUGGUCAGAACUGAUCACUCGCUGCCAGUGAGGAUUAUCAGAUUUAUGCAAUGCCAUCACACACCUUCUCCCACUGCAGAACAUUCAGCUUUUUUGCUUCCUGCCUGCAUUGUACUCUGAACAGAUGUCAUCACUGGAAUUCCUUUAGCAGUGGUAGCUAAACUUAGAGCCAGGCAUCUUUUUCCUACCAGUAGUCUGUCAAAGAAUAAAUGGAAUUCAUUUUGCUAUGAUUUGCACGUGUGAUUUGCUUUCCACAGCUACUUCAAUGGGCAGAACUGCAGUAACCUCUGCCAAUGCAAGGAAAAUCUAACCCAGCAAGGGCAGCGUGGUCAGAGACAGCAUUGGAGCUGAUUCCAGGUGUUUGCACAGGAAAAUGGAUUCAAAGUUCCUCUACCACAACAGCUUGUAAUCUGAAGGUAUUUUACCAGUCAGUCUAAAACUAACGAGAGUAAUUCCAUUUGAAAUAGCAAAUAUGCAAUUCACAGAACAAAUUACAGUGAACAACUUUUACCUGUUUAUAAUACUUGGAGCAUCCAAGCUUGCAGCACUUGGGAAUCCCAGUCCCCUAGGACAUAUGUACCAAACUCUUAGGCAAGUCAGUGGAACUCAGCCAAGCUCCUGCUGAUGCAGCUGGAGUAAGGGACAAGGGUAACUCUGGCAUGCUGUGAGGGGGAUUGCUGCAGCACAGCCUGCAGUCUGUUCUGUGGUGUAUGUGCAGGGCUUCGUGGCAGCCACUCUGCUGCUUAUGUGAUAUAAAAAAAUCAUCCCAGAAGGACUUUGGGUUUGGUUUUUGUUUUGGACCUCUUUUGGGGCUGCAGGUCCAGGACACAGUUGUGAGUCAGGCAGGCAGAGCCCAGGAAACCAUUCCACUGUGAUCCCUGUGUUCUGGCACACCUGGACCACAGAGAUUGCACCAGAGCCCAAGGGCGGCAAGUACAGCACAUAAUUGUACAGGAGGGUUUAAUUAAAUAAAGGGGUAUUUUAAACUGGCUGGCUUGGGCAGAGGUCCAAAGCAGCAGGAACAGUGCAGUCAGUAAGAUAGAAACCCAUAGACCUCCAGUUAGUAAAAGAAGAGGACAUGAACUUGCCAGCCCUUAUAAAUCAGACCCUGGAUUCUCAGAAAGCCAAGGACCUGAUGUCUCCUAGAAAUAAGAACUAACAAAUAGCCAAGCCACUCCCUGGCAGCAGAGGGUUAACUCUUGCCCAUCCUUCCAGGCUCAGAUUGCCAGAACCCUGUGAAGGGCUGAAAAUCUUUUUUCCCCCAGGAUUACAGCUCACUCAAAAUCCAUUUGUAGGAAGGAACAACGUGUUAUCUUGCAUUUGCUUCCACUGAAUUUCACGUGACAGAAUACCCACACACCAUGUUGUGACACACCCGGUUCUCUGUCUCACAACAUUGCUGCUCUUUAGCCUCAGUGUUGAAAAAUGGUGUCACUUCAACUGGAAUCCUUUUUUCACCUCUGGUAGAUUGAUGAUUUCAGUACUUUUGUUGAGCUCAGCUCUUUGUUCUUUAAUUCCUUCCUUGCUGACAGGUGAACAGCAGCUGCUUGGAAGAUUUCCUGCAGUUCACUGAAAAAAUCCCCUUUUCCUUUCUCUACCAUUGCACCACCUUUGCUCUCUGGACAGAACAACCCCACAGAGGCAUUUUCUGCUGCCUGCAAUUAAAAUUUCCACAAAUAAAUCUUCAAAGAUGUGCUUCCCAUCACCCUGCCUUCUUGCUUAUCCUCUAAUCCCAGUUAGUCAGGCUGACUGAAUUCUCCCUCAGGUGCCUAUUUUUAGUUAAUUGCCUGCCCAAGCCCUGGAGCUGUUCUGCCACUGAACAGUGACGUGGAUGAAUGGCUCGAACAGAACCACUUCAGGCUUCCAUCCUCAUCCAACAUUUGUGUCUUUUCAAUAACUUACUUCUGGUAUUUUUCCCAGUUCCUAGAGAUGAGAGCUGCCACCUGAAGCUCUGAAUCCCCUCCUGGCUGACCCCUGUGCAAUAGGAGAAGGUGGUUUGGUUUAGCCUGGUCUGCUGGAUCUGGGAAGUCCAGAUUCUUUUCACCCCAAUCCCCAGCUCUGGCACCUCUCACCCUUUCCAUGCCUGUUUACCAUAACAUGCCACAGCCGUACUGAGCCUCUCCUGGGAAGCAGCUGGAAGCUGCCAGGGAGAUGCCAUUACCACUGAUCAGCUGCCUUACAGCUCCACUGUUCCUGUUCCCCACCACCUCUCAGGUUCUGCUGUCC